AUGUCUGAGAAGUCUGGGGCCAAUGUCGCCAAUGGCGAGCCCAUUGUAGCUGAGUCCAAGGGCCGUUUUCCAUCUGGUGUCAGCUUUCGAGACUUGAACUGCUAUGGAUACAUCACGGCGAAUCAGUAUCAAUCCAACUUUUUGACAGCCCUUUUCUGGCUACCGAGGAGACUGCUUGGGUUGGUCUCAAGGGCACAACAUUCGGAGAAGGUUGUCAUCCUCCACCAAGUAACCGGCAUCAUCCAGCCUGGCGAGAUGCUACUUGUCCUUGGCCGACCUGGAAGUGGUUUCUCGACAUUUCUCAAAUGCAUGUCGGGUAAUACUUACGGUAUCGACUUGGAAGAGAAUUCGAUCAAUUACCAAGGUGUAUCCUACCAACAGAUGACCGAACUCCAAACGGCCGAACGUCUGUAUGUGGCAGAACAAGAUGCCCAUUUCCCGGAGCUCACUCUCGGCCAAACACUUGGAUUCACCACACAACUCAGAGAUGUCAGCUCGGUCCUUCACAAUCUUGGACUGACAGCCUCGCCAGACAAUCUGAGUCGCACUAUCGCGUCGUUAUUCUAUUUGGACAAGGCCUUCGACACGCCCGUAGGUAAUGCCGUUGUCCGUGGAAUUAGUGGCGGGGAGAAACGUCGAGCGAGUCUCGCUGAGGCGUACAUCAGCAGCGCACAAUAUCAGUGCUGGGACAACAGCACACGGGGACUGGACAGCUCAACUGCCUUGAGCUUCAUUUCCCUUCUGAGACUGAUAACUGACAAGGCUAGACUUGUCAUGAUGAUGAGCAUAUACCAGGCUUCUGAAGCACAGUAUCAGAAGUUUGAUAAGGUCAUGCUUCUCUAUGAAGGCCGCCAGAUCUUUUUCGGACCAACAGCAAUGGCUUCUGAGUAUUUCGAAGACCUGGGAUUCGAUAGACCGAAGAAUUCUACCACCGCAGACUUCCUGACGUCCCUGACCAAUCCAGCAGAGCGUAGAGCUCGAGGGUCUGUCGACAAGGUACCGCGGACCCCAGACGAAUUCGCAGCUGCUUGGCGACAAAGUCGUCAGAAUCACUUGAACAGCCGUGAGAUCACCGACUUCGAAAACCUCGGCAUUCAAUUUGGGUUUAUGUUCGCCUUCUGUGCCAUCCAUGUCAUCGCUUCCCAGUACAUACUGGCGGAAAGAUCGAAAGGAGACGUACUUAUCUUCCAGAAUCGGGGUGUACCUCAGCAACAGCCUUCCAAGCCAGGUCUUGAAGGAGGUAACAAAGAGCUGCCUAUGACAUUUGCCCAGGAUAUCAACAAACUGCGAAGGACUCAACACAAUGCAGGAGAUCAAAUUUUGGACAUCAGGAUUCCCAGGCAGUCAGUCAUGUUUCAAUGGAAUAAUCUAUGCUAUGAAGUGGCUACUAAGAACGGCACGAAACGAAUCCUGAAUGGAAUUACAGGAUGGGUCAAGCCUGGGACAAUGACAGCCCUGAUGGGUGUGAGUGGUGCUGGCAAAACCACACUCCUCGAUGUCCUCGCGAAUCGCGCAACUUUUGGCAAGGAAAGCGGCCAAAUUCUUGUGGGUGGUUCUCCGAGAGACUCAAGUUUCCAGCGCAAGGUCGGUUACGUGCAGCAAGAAGACUGGCAUUCGCCUCCCGCGACAGUGCGCGAGACCUUGGAGCUCAACGCCUUGCUGCGUCAAGCUGGGCCACAGUCCACGAAAGAGAAGCUUGACUAUGUCAACACAGUACUGAACCUCCUCGAAAUGGAGUCACAUGCCGAUGCGGUCGUUGGAGUUCCCGGAGCAGGACUUAAUAUUGAACAACGCAAGCGGUUGAGCAUCGGGGUGGAGCUGGUGGCAAAGCCCGAUCUGCUGCUUUUCCUGGAUGAGCCGACCUCGGGUCUGGAUAGUCAGACAGCCUGGUCUAUCUGUGUACUUCUUCGCAAACUUACGGACCACGGCCAAGCCAUUUUGUGCACAAUCCACCAGCCAUCGGCGCAAAUAUUUGAGAUGUUUGACCGUCUUCUCCUACUCAAUCGUCAAGGACAAGCGCUGUACUUCGGAGACAUCGGACCACAUGCUACGGCGGUGAUUAAUUACUUCGAAGACAGAGGAGCACCAAAAUUCUCCGGGGCGUCGACUAAUCCAGCUGAGUGGAUGCUUGAUGUCACGAACGGUGAUGGCUUUGACCAAUGGGACCCCAAGUGCAUCAAAAGUGAUCAAACGCAAGAAAGCGCGUCCCCUGGGGCCGAACACUCAAGUGGGAAAAGCCCGGAAGACAUUCAGAUUCGGGCCCGGGACGUAUCACAACUGGAAAAGAAAUAUGCCGCCUCCAUUCCUCGGCAGAUGCUCCUCAUCACAAGACAGGUCUGCCUCGAGUAUUGGAGAAAUCCAACCUACAUGUACUCGAAAAUGGCUCUAUGUACAGGACUCGCCUUAUUCAACGGACUUUCUUUCACCAACACCCCGCUCGACUUACAGGGCGUGACCAACAUCAUCUUUUCCAUCUUCCUAUUGUCCAUGCUGUUCAGCACUGUUGACCAGCAGGUCAUUCCGCGGUUUUUAGACAAUCGAUCGCGCUACGAAUCCCGUGACAGCCGCGCGAAAUCAUAUUCAUGGGUUGUAUUCCUUGCUGCAAACAUUGUUGUCGAGCUCUUUUGGCAGACUAUUGCUGCGGUCCUUGUGUUUGUAGUGUGGUACUUCCCGACAGGUUUGUGGCGAAAUGGAGACUCAGAAUUCACUUCUAAUGAGCGAGGUGCUCUGGCUUUCGUUCUGAUUUGGCUCUUCUGCCUGUGGAUAUCAGCAUUCUCUCAAGCCAUUGCAGCAGGAAUCGAACAGGCAGAGACAGCCGUGCAAAUUGCAACCCUGUUUUUCUGGUUGUCUUUGGUAUUCUCCGGGGUCAUUGUCGGGCCUGAUGCGCUUCCUAGAUUCUGGAUUUUCGUCUACCGAGUGUCGCCUUUGACGUAUUUCAUCCGAGGCCUCGUGGCCGCCGGCCUUGCCAACACCCAUAUUCAUUGUUCUUCUAUUGAGACACUGAUAGUGAAAAUACCUCAGAGUCUUGCCCAUGCCACAAGUCCGGUAACAUGCGGUUCGUACCUCGCAUCGUAUAUGGAGUAUUCGGGUGGCUAUCUCGACAAUCCGGAGGCCACCAACGACUGUCAGUAUUGUCCGAUAUUCAGCACGAACGCGGCGUUAGAAUCCAUGGGAAUGGACAUCAAACAUCCAUGGUGGAAUGCAGGAUACAUGACUGUGCAUGUCAUUUUCAACGUCCUGGCUGUGUUUGCUCUCUACUGGCUUGCAAGGAGGCCCAAGGGAAGGGCUUAA